AACUUAUUAAAUAGAUUUCAUGUGAGUUAAUUACACUUGCAGAAAAAUGCAAAAGCCCACUGAAUGGGUGAACUCCUUACUUCAACGCUUUGAUGAACAGCUCCCAAUACACGCAGGGUUGCUGACCUCUCAUGCAAGGGCAAAUUGUGAACAAGUGCGAAGAUGUCUCAUCAAAGUCAGCAAAUACAGGUUUUCCCAGGUGAUAAACGGAUUGACGAAAAUUCUGAAAAUUGCAACCCAGCACUCGAUACCUUCUCGGGUUAAAAAUGAAGACGAGCCUGUGUUGAAGAAUCAAAGCAUUCUUAUGGUACUGGAAACACUGGAGUUAUGCUUAGAAGCACAACCCAAAGAGACAUCCAGAUUGGACGAAACUAUGCUUGUGAAGACUCUUCUGCCAGACAUCUGCCAAGUUUUAAACUGGAACCCAGUGGAAUCUUCACUUCAAAUCCAGAUUAAAAGUGCCGCUUCGUCAGUGCUUCUUGUUCUUAGCAAGAAUAACUUGAACAACUUCAAUUCAGUCUUCAGAAGAAUUUCUGCGAGCCUGCAGUCUUUGGCAACCAGCGGAAGUUCGACCGAAGAGAACAACACAGGCUUGGAUGAUCUGGAGUUGAUCCAGCAUAUUAACUUGAACCGACAACUGCUUGUCAGACUGCUACAUGAAGCCACUUUGCACAUGCGUUCACUCCGCAAGAGUGUCCAGAUGGUGCUGGUGACUAAUCUGGAAAAGGCUAUCUGGAACUGGGUGGAACAGUAUCCGGAGGAAUUCGUACAACAUCACAGAAAUGCGGACCAGGAGCUGUGUUCGAACUGCAAAAAGCUCUUCGACAUCCUGGAUCCCCUGUUCGACAACAACAAGAAGAAAGCAGUUGUAUGGCCUCUUCAGACACUGCUGUUGACUCUGUGUCCUGAUGUGUUGGGGGAGAUAUCGGGAAGUGAUCCACCCAGUGACCACAACAACUUCAGAAAGAAACUUCAUCUGGAGACUAUCCGGAAGGCAAUUUCUGGCCAAAUGCAGAAGUCAUUCUUGGAACCAGCCAUCACUGCUGCAGUUCAGUUGUGCAAGGUUUCAAUGUUCAUAACGUGGAGUGAAAAUUCGAUCUUGAAUCACUUGGUGCAGAGCUUCAAGCAUGACCUGAAACAUAUUCUGUUCAAUGUGCACAAACCACUCACUAAAGGGACAGCUCAUACGGAGAUUAUGGUGGAUUGUCUAGUCGCGUUUUUCAGGAUCGACCCCCGUGACCGUGAACUGUUUCGAGUGUGUAUGCAGCCCAAUGCUCCCAUAUCUUUCAAAAUUGCAGUUGUGCAGGCCCUCCUGGCGAUUGUGGUUAAGAAGAAUCCCGUUUGGAGUCCGAGUGCUGAUGAUCUGCUCAUAUUCGCUUCUGAGUUGAGGUCGCUCUUCUCCGAGACACAAGUGAAGGUCAUCCAGCCAGUGUCAGUUUCCCAACACCAACCACUCAAAGUGUCACAGAGUCUCAACCUGCGUGAAAAGAUGACGACAGUCGGCCUCAACCUGAAAUUCAAGGCCAAAUCACUGGAGGAUGAGAUCAAAUACCUCAUGCUGUGCUUGGCCAAACUCAUCUGUGCUUUUCCUCUUCUGUUGCUGUACAAUUACGAGGGGGGAUCUAUGGUCGGACAGUCGCAUCAACAUCAUCGCGAUUUGAACAGCAACGGGCAAUCGACCCCUCUCGCCAUGUCCUCUCCCAACAGUGGCGGUGCUGUCGGAUCCUCGUCUCUCCCCACUUCCUCAGUGUCAGUGGUCACUCCUCUUUUGGAAGGGGGACUCGCACCCACAGGGACUGUGUUGUUGGGGAGUAACAGCCAAGUGUGCAAUCUGGUGUUUGGCCUGACAGCUCUAGUCACUCAAGUCCAACUGCCUGAUCUAGCGCAAGAGAGUAUGAAGGCACUGCUGUGUCUGCACCAGGAGGACUACAUCUGUCUGUGGAAUCCCAGUGCCCCUCUCCAGACAUUUCUGGACAUCAACAGUGACGUCAUCGUGAGAGUGUGCCACAAAUUACUGGAGAGUCAUUACUGUUGCUGUUUGGACACUCUCAGAUGGCUGAGCCAGUUGUUGCAAUACAGGCACUCGUUCAUAUACAAAAACAAGGACUCGGCUAGCACGCUGACAUCACACUUCAACACUCUGCACAACCUGGAGAUGGUGUAUCUGUCCUACAUCUGGUGUGCUGACAUUGAGUCAGUGCUGGCAGCUCUCUCUGGCUUCUCCAACCUCAUAGCAGAGACAGAGAUGAGAUGUACCAUUGAAGAGGAACCCUCGUUGCUGCCAGUACUGUUGCCCAACAGGGCCAUCUACGAGGAGUUGAGCAAGAUAGGAUCACAAGGAGUGCUUCAGACCAGACUGGUUUUACAGAAGAAGAUAUGGGCACUGCUGAAGAGAAUCGAAGUGUCAACUCACGCAAAUGUGCAGGCGUGGGAGAACACGUACAAAAAGUGGGACUCCCUUCACUCCCAUCUGCUCUCGAUUGGAGGUGCGAAACAGGACAAAACUAAGAGUGACAAACUGGGCAGUUGUGACGUCACUGACACGGCAGCUGCUGUCAUCAUCAACUACCACCAUGGAAGUUAUCUGCAAGGGGACAGAAUGCAAACAGGGGGAGGGGACGGUGUCCCUAGACAGGUCUACGAUCUGCUGCAAGAGUGGGCGAAUAUGACAGGAUUUCUUUGUUCCAUGAGUAGAGUGAUUGUACCUGGUCACCAGACAUUCAAACGCACACAAACCCAGCCGCCACAUCACUCGCCUCAACCAGCUUCGAAUUCUCCUGGUGCUUCGAGUCAGACUAGUGCAUCUGGGGCUGCAGGAAAUCUCGGAAACGGCGGAGAUGGCUCUCCCAACAUGGUGUGCUCGUCGAGUGCAGUGGCAGCUCAGUUCCCAUUGGUUCAGUCAGUGGCCAAUCACAAUUCGACUCAGUCUGCUUCUGGAAGUACUAACUCAGUCUCACAUUUGGCAGGCUCGACUUCAACCAUCAGUACUAUCUUGACAGUUUCAUCAGAGAACACAGCACUAUUGCAGCCCCACCAUCACUCCCUAUUCCCACACGCACCCCAGCAAACAAACAACUCCUCGAACUCCUCUCAACUGCAGACACAACAAGGUGUAAACAGCAACAACGGCAAUAAUAACAACAACAACAACAGUAACUUGUCUGUUGGAGGUGUUAAUUCAGGCGCGAUGUCGGGAGGCGGCGUAGGACAGGGAAACUUGACAAUUCCAUGUCCUAGUAGUGUACUCGGGUCACCCUUGAUUCCACCGAUUUAUGCAAAUAGUUGGGGCUCUACUAUUUCUCCUAACAAAUUCAUCACAGACCUCCUUUCUAUCCUGUUCUGCAGCAACGAGAAGAUAGGAAUUAAGAUGAGGAAAGACGUGAUGGAGAUGGUCGGCACUCAGUUGAGCCAUGCUCUGGUCCCCUACUUGUUUGAAAACAUGACGCAGCAGGUUUUGAAGUUCUUCGACCACGGGGGAUCGGCUAUUCAAAAUGAGCUGAACACUCAAUUUGCGGACCACCUGAUUGACAUUUUGGGCAAAGUGUUGGUCACUCAUCAUGAUGACGCAUCCGACAGUUUUGGGUUCUUCUCAGUGGAGACCCUAAUGCUCUCUCUGGCCAAGUAUCUGCGUACCCUGGAUCACAGUCUGGGCAGACACAUAGUGAUGAAGAAGAAGUUCUGCUACAUGGUGGAGAAGAUGAUGAAGAGGAGAGAUGACCUCAGUUUGAGACAGGAGAUGAAGUUCAGGAAUAAACUGGUGGAAUAUGUGGCCGACUGGGUUCUGACUGCAAACAGAAUCAGACACACAAACGAAGAACUCAUUCUUCUCUCAAGGGAGUUGGAUGAGGCGGCCAUGACAGCAGUGGCUGCUCUGUUGUAUGGACUUCCUCUUCAGAGCGAGGAGGCAGACGGAGGAGAUGUCAUGGAGGCCAAGAGCAGACUCUUCCAGAAAUACCUCUCGCUCUUCAUGAACCUACUGAAUGAGUGCUGCAACCCCCAGACCAAUCUAGGGGUUCCAAUUGGGAUGGCGAUGGGGGGACACCUGAAUGGAGGUCAUCAGGGAAAUCUGCACCAUCACCACCAUCAUCACCACUUGGGGGGUUUAGAAGGCCAGCACUGUUGUUCUGUGGCACGUGACCUUGCUCUGCAGUACAAUUACACCCCAGGCACAUUAGGAGGAGCACUGGGUGCUCUUGGAGGUGGGGGAGGGGGUGGAAAUAUGUGGGGCGGAGGGGGCAAUUUGUACCAACAGGCAGACUACCAGAUGGGAGAUAAUCAAGACUUGCAGGAAAUUUCAGUCGUCAGCCGAUCAGGGGACUCAAUUGCUGGAGGUCUGAACCAACUUGGUGGAGACAGACAGCAGAUGGAGAGAGGUUACGGCGGACCAGGAUAUGGAAUGUUCUCGAACCUAGGGGGAUGUGGCGGACUAACGGGUGGGGUGGGUGCAGGUGGUGAACGUGGAGAGGGUGGGGGACUGAGAGGUGCUUCUGGAGGAGUUGUUACUGUGGCAUCUUUGAGGGCUGUCACUGUGGAAGCAAUGAGUAAUCUUCUCAGUGCGAAUAUAGACGCAGGAUUGAUACAUUCCAUUGGUCUUGGCUACCAGAAAGAUCUUCAGACUAGAGCCACUUUCAUUGAAGUGCUGACGAAAAUACUCCAGAGAGGAACUCAAUUUGAAACACUGGCCGAAACUGUCAGAUCUGAUAGGUAUGAACAACUAGUGGAUCACGUGACUAUGUUGUCAGCCGACAGAGGAGAACUGCCUAUUGUGAUGGCACUGUCCAGUGUCGUGUCCCCUCAACACAUUGACGAACUGAGUCGCGUCCUGGUGUCUCUGUUUGAUGCCAAGAAUCUACUACAUCAACUGUUGUUCAAUUUGUUCUCGAGAGAAGUAGACGCAGCGGACAACAUGCACUGUUUCUUGCGUGGCAACAGCUUAGCUUGUAAAGUGAUGACAUACUGUUUCAAGUUCUUCGGCACUUGCUACCUCCAAGAAGUCAUAUCUCCUCUACUACAAGACUUGUUCAGAGAAGAGAAUAUUCAGUGCUCCUAUGAGGUCGACUCGACUAAACUGGAGAGGAAUGAGAAGUUGGAAGACAAUCAGGCCAACUUGAUCGCCCUCACCGAGAGAUUCUUCAACACCAUCAUGAUGUCAUCAGAAAAAAUACCGAUUCAGCUGAAGGUGGUGUGUAUCUACCUGCACAAAGUGGUCUCCAACAGGUGGCCUGAUUCUGCCAUCUCCUCAGUGGGGAGUGCUCUCUUCCUCCGAUUCAUAAAUCCGGCUCUUGUGUCUCCAUAUGAGAACGGACUGCUCUACCAGCAGCCGAAUAACAGGAUCCAAAGAGGAUUGAUGUUGAUGAGCAAAAUCAUGCAGAACAUCGCUAAUCAGGUUCUGUUUUCCAAAGAACUUCACAUGCGAUAUUUCAACGAAUUCGUAGCCAGUCAAUUCGAAAAUGGGCGGAGAUUCUUCUCGAACCUCGCCAACGAAACCCAAAUUUUACAAUACAUUAACAACCACAAAUCAUACGUCACAGAAGUUUCGUUGAUAUCUUUGCACCGAUUGUUGAGCUCUUACCAAGAAGCAAUUGGCGCUUAUUUGGCAACAAAUAGAGAUUUAAAAGUAAUUGGGAGACGACCUUUCCAGAAGUUAGUGACCCUUCUAGCUUACUUAGGCCCUCCUGAAAACUGCAAAAUGCAUUACGAGUCUCAUCUUUCGACCAUGGAUUAUCUAACCUCCCCCAAAUUUGAAGAGUUCAUGCUCAAACAUCAAGCGCAUACGAACGACGAGUUUAAACUUCUUCAAUCGAUGAAUAUUUUCUACCAAAGUGGAUACUCAAAAUCAGGAAACCCAGUUUUUUAUUAUAUUUCUCGCCGAUUCAAAACUGAUUCAAUCAACAGUGAUAUGUUAUUAUUUCACGUGAUUCUUACCCUCAAACCUUACAUGUCAAAACCCUAUGAGGUAGUGAUAGAUUUCACUCAUACGGGCCCUGAAAACCGAUUUAAAACUGAGUUUCUCCAGAAAGCGAUGAUUGUACUUCCUGAUAUUAUGUUCCAUAACUUGGCGUAUGCUUACGUGAUCAACUUUAAUUCGUGGCUUCGUGAGUAUGUGAAAUAUCACGAAAGACUGCUUGUCGGUUUGAAGGCCAACCGUAAGCUGGUGUUCCUAGACUCACUCUCUCAACUGAAUGACUUCGUCUCCCCCGAGCAACAACAAUUACCUGGGGGAACAGUCGCGCUGGAGGAAGACAGAAAGGUAUUUCCAAAUGCUUUGAAGUUGUCGCACAAAGACAUGAAGGCGGUCAUCAAAGUGGGCUCAAAUGCCAUCCAGGUGACAUCGGCCGAGAAGGUGAAGAUACUGGAACACAGAGCAGUGCUGAAUGACAUAUGCUAUGCCUCAGAGAUAGAAGAAGUGUACGUGGUGGAGGACAACCAGUUCUCUCUAACUGUGGUGAAUGCUGCUCCCUGGUGCUUCAUACACAAUGACUGUGACGCCAUAGUCAAGGCCAUCAUCCACAUCAGAACCAGAUGGGAACUGUCUCAGAGUGAUUCCAUCUCUAUCCACCCAAAGUUGACCCCUAAGGAUGUGCCAGGCACUCUGCUGAAUCUGGCAUUGUUGAAUUUGGGAUCCAGUGACCCACAACUGAGAUCGGCAGCCUACAAUCUACUGUGCGCACUGGUUCAGAGUUUCCAGCUGAAGAUAGAUGGCCACUUACUGGAAACAAGCAGUCUGUGCAUCCCCGCUAAUAACACACUGGUCAUUGUGGCCAUUAGUUCCAGACUGGCGUCCAGUGAAAACCAUCUCACUUUGGAGUUCCUGGAAGAAUGUAUCCAGGGCUUCUCCAAGGAGACGAUUGAGAUGAAGCACCUUUGUCUGGAGUACAUGACCCCCUGGCUACCUAACUUGGAGAAGUUUGUCCGACACUCGGACGACAGCAAACGACACAAGGUGUCGGCCAUUCUGGACAAGUUGAUCACGGCUAGUAUCAGUGAAGUGGAGAUGUACCCCUCCAUUCAGGCCAAGAUAUGGGGCACCAUUGGGAAAGUGAAGGAACUCAUUGAUGUAGUGCUCGACAGCUUCAUCAAGGUCAGCAUAGCAGGUGAGGCUAAGAAGGCGAAUGCGGAGAUCAUGGCUGACACAGCUGUCGCACUGGCUUCUUCAAAUGUCAAACUGGUGUCUAAAAAGAUCAUAUCCAGACUGUGCAAGACUAUAGAGAAGACAUGUGAGUCGCCCGUGUUUCCCCUGGAGAGUCACGUGUUGUGGGAGGAGAUGGCAGUGCUGCAGAGAUACCUCCUCAUGCUAUCCUUCAACAACUCCCUGGAUGUGGCCAACCACCUGCCAUACAUAUUCCACGUGGUCACUAUGCUAGUGUCUACAGGUCCGAAGUACCUGCGUGCUUCUACCCAUGGACUCCUGAUCAACACUAUCCACUCUCUCUGCACUUGUAACCAGCUGGUGUUCAGUGAGGAAACAAUGAGAUUCCUCAGACUAUUUUUGGCCGAACUGUCCUUGGACAAAUUCUAUAGACUGUUCUACAUUGAAGACGUGAAGAGUUCGGCCGUGACUGCAUUCCAGUGUAAUGAGAAGAUCAACGGAGUGGGCGAGAAACUCAAACUUCAGGAUCUGGAAUGUCUGGUUGACAGUCUGGUUGAAAUCAUGGAAGCCUGUCUGUCCGAAGUGCCCCCUGGCAGUCUGUGGCUGCAACAGUGGGCGGAGUUAGUACAGAGAUUCGCAUUCCAGUACAAUCCAGCAUUUCAACCCAGGGCCAUUGUUGUGUUGGGGUGUAUUAGUCGCAAUGCCACUGAUAUGGACAUUCGAGCAUUGUUACAAAUUCUGACUAAAGUCCCAGCCAUCACAAAGGACGACAUUGACCUGAUUGAGUCAAUUGUGAUCUGUCUAACUAGAGUACAGUCAUUCCUGCCUGUGGAAUACUCACAUGUACACAAGACACUGUUCUGGGUAGCCGUCAGUGUGAUGCAGUUGGAUGACGUGGGUCUAUACAGUGCAGGACUCAGCUUAAUGGAAAUGAACCUCACUACACUUGACUCAUUCGGACUAUUCUCUAAUAAGACGCCGGAUGAGGUGUACAUGGACUUGCACCCGGUGAUGGACUGGCACUUCAAGCAGAUAGAACACACUGUGGGGUUGUCCUUCAGAAACAACUUCCACUUCGCCCUUGUUGGACACCUGCUGAAAGGAUUUCGUCACCCCCACCCGGAAGUAGUGAACAGAACCCAACUUGUUCUGGACAUGAUGCUAACUGUCAUCUCCAAACUGAAAUCACAACAACGAAGACGACAAAACAACAACAGCAGCAACAGCAACACAAACACAGACAAUAUCAAUACAAACAAUGUAAACAACCAGCAGACAAAUAACAAUAGCGCUAAUAGCAAUAGUGGAAGUGGUACUGGAAACCACGGGGUCACACAAGGUCAACAAACCCAAGGUCAAUCUGGGGUCAGUGGGAGAAAUGGAGGGGUGACACAAGGCACGCAAACAAAUAGCCAUCAAAAUGCCCAAACUGACGCGCAGCCUCAACCAAACAACAACCAAGUUAUCAUUUCCAGCCAUAGUACUAACAACAGUUCAGUUUACGGAAGCCAAGCAUCCGCCACAAGUGGGAAUCGAACCCCUGACCCGGUGUCUAGAAACGGGUCGAACAGUUCAGUUCACAAUACUCUGCAGUUGAACAGUGACAAAUUCAACGUGUGUCGAGAAAACAUUCCAUAUUUGGCUGCUCUGUUGCCAGUUUCUACUGAAGUUCAAUCAAAGUUGAAUUUGAGAUAUAAAAACUACAGACUGUCGUCUUUCGCCAACCCCUCCUUCACCUCGUGGAGUUUCGAGGGGGGAUCUCCCAACUUUGGCUACUUCGGCACGAGUAGCUUGGAGGGGAGUGCUGCUCCAUCGGGGGAACAGGGGGGCAAUAAUGGAGAGGGAGAGAGACGAAGAUUGAUCGGAGAGACGAACCCAUUUCCUAACAUGUCUGCCAGUCGAUCCAGUAACAGCAUCCGACUCACCCCAGACCCCUACUUUUUCAUGCCCCCAAUUCACCCCACCCACCCAACCACAUUCUCGCCCUCCAUCCUCAUGGGGGGACUGGUACCUGGAAGUGGGGGUGGGGGCUCUUCUUCUGGCUCCGGAGGGGGAGGGGUUGGAGGAAUGCGACGUCAUUUGUCUCUUCAGAACACGAUGUCUCUUCUGCCCCCCUUUUUCGCCAUGAAUGACAAAGAGGGGAAGGGGGAUAGGAGCAGAGACCACCAUCAUAGUCGACACAUGAGUAUGGGAGGAGGAACAGUCGGAGGACUUCGAGCAUUUGGCGAUAGAUCACACUUCAACAACCGACUACGAUCCAACCACUUGCCGAGUAUGUCAUUCGUGCCCACGAAUGGGACAAUUGCCGAACAGCCCACUUCGGGCGAUCUGACCCCGACUACCACUGCCAAUUCACCCACCAUGAACACUUCGCCAGAAACUAGCCCACGAGUCGUGAAUAAUCCGACCGAUCAGAAUGCAGGAAAUGUCGCAAAUGUUACGCAACAAACAGGAACCAAUCAAUCAGAUAACGAUAACUCACUUUUUGAAAGCAAUGCAGAAAGAAGGAAUGAGAACCGAGAACAAGCCGGAAAUAGAAGUGGAGGCGGUGAUUACGUAACUGAUGAUGCAACAGAUGAGGAUGGCCAGUCAUCAGCCAAUGAGGAGGCGGCACAGAACUGCGACUAUUUGUUCGCCGAGAGUGCUUUGCCUGAGUAUAAUGACAAACUGUUGCUACUGACCAUCUUGGCGACUAUGUUGCGCAACACGGCGGAUGAGAACGAGUACAAAGUGCUGUUCGAGUAUCUAGCUGAGGCGUCGCUCGUCUUCCCCAGAAUAUUCCCCCUCGUAUACACCUUGAUAGACCAGAAAAUGACUCAGACUUUGACCCAGAGUGUGGACAUAGACCUGAUCAAUGCAGCUCAGAGCAUCAUCUACAACAUAUUUGCACAAGACACAAUUCAUGCUAAUAAUAAUGGGGGAGGGGGCAGUAAUGCUAGUAGCACUGGGACCCCGCAUCAUCAUAGUCAACAUACCAAUUUACAGGCCAUUGGGUUCGGUGGUUUCUGGCGCUUCGCCCAGUCGUUCAACAAGAGUGGAGCCAGCAGCAACAUGGACAACGUGGAGAUGUUCUCCAAAUUCGUACAUGUCUUACUCAACACAGUCAUUCCGAGCCAAUCUCCGACACAAAGUGUGGCCCAGCUAACUACCCCGCGUGUGAACACUUUACUCUCCAUGUCUCUGAGUUCGAUCAGCUCAACUGGGGCUAUGAGUCUCACUGGAUUCGACAACGACGACGACCUACUCUCGUAAACACACACCAUGACACACGACACGAUCACGAACGACACGACACGGCACAAUCAUAAAAGCACGAUCAUUGAAUUUAUUUCAAUUAAAAUAUGAUUACGGAUUGGAAGUUCGUUCUGAAUGCGACAUGAUAGAAAUGGCACUCGACACGGCAUAAAAAAGAGGACAUGACACGACGCGAGCGAAACUGAAAGUCACUGCUUCAUGCGAUUCUCAACAAUUUAGUACGACACAAAAUAAUAAUGCAUGAGCCCCCCACGACUCUAGCACUAAAAACGACAAAAAAUAGAUGCAGCGACGCAGAAAUGACUGCAACAGGUUACGUCAAAACAGGAUUAUGAAUAAUAAACAAGUCGUAUAGUGAAAGUUCAGCGUCAUACACGACAAAAUCGUAUACACAAAUUUCACGUUAAGAAAGACGACAAUUUAAAUGUGGUUAUAUAUGGUAGCGUAGAUAAAAUUCUCUAUAUGAUCCUGAUCAAAAUGAUUUAUUGCGUAACACCUGUCCAAAAAGGCAAACUGUGAUGCAACACGCAUUCGUAAAGUAACUUUAGAGUCAAUGCUGUGUUUAAUUCAAGCAAAAAACUCAAAACUUUUUCUUAAAAUUUUCGAAAACGUUCUAGAAGUAUUUCCUUAUCAAAUCGGAAACUACACAGUAUAAAAAAGAAUUGUGUUAAAUUAAAAUUGAUGAUUAGAUUCAUAAAAUGUAUUAAUGAUUUAUUUAAUGAAAUGCUAAAUCGCUUUAUAUCUUGUUGAGAUUGCCUCCGAUAGUUCGGCUGAAAAAAUAAAUAUCUGAUUUUGCUGCACGGCCUCAAAGUUUAACAAUGGCGAUCUUGUGUUAUCGGAAAUUUUGUUUUUAUAGAUGUCACUCAAAUAUACUGGCUGUUAAAACACCAUUGAUCCAAAUCAUUAUUUAAUUUGAUCUGAAAUAAUUCAAUUAUUUUCUUUUUGUAAAAAUUUUCGGAUCUCUUCAACUAUUCCCCCCCCCCUCACCCUUUUACAAAAAAGGGGAGAGA